UUCCCAAAUAUAUCAAUAAUUUCAAAUUAUUACAACAUUAAUUUUUUCUAGUGUCUACUACUAUACGGUUACAUGUGCGGCUCUGUAGCUCUAGGUCAGAUUGCACACAUCAAAAGUGUCCUCUUUUCUUUAAACAUCAUUCACUUUUUAAAAAAGGUCACAUGUCCCUCCAGUUCCAUAAAUAGAACUCACACUUCACUUCCCACGACCACAUCACUUAGCAUAACAUCUAUAUCAAACUUUUAUUUUCCUUCUCUUUAUAUACUAUCUGUAGGCUAUACACACAAAGUAUACAUGGAUCCUUCCAUCAAAGGAGAUCAAGAAAUGUUAAAAAUCAAGAAACGAUGUUAUCAAGAUCUUGAGUUAGGUUUGACCCUUUUGCCACGUGGUACGACUUCAUCAGAACUCAAUCUCAUCGAUUCUUUCAAAACCAGCUCAUCAUCGACUUCUCAUCAUCAUCCUAACCGUCACGAACAUUUGGAAGAUCCAAGAACGUUCUCGUGCAAUUAUUGUCAAAGAAAGUUCUAUAGCUCACAAGCACUAGGCGGCCACCAAAACGCUCAUAAACGCGAACGUACCUUAGCCAAACGCGGACACUACUACAAGAUGAGUCUCUCCUCCUCCUCCUCUCCUUCUUCAGCGUUUGCGUUUGGCCACGGUUCAGUCAGCAGAUUCGCGAGCAUGGCAUCGUUACCGUUACAUGGCUCGCCGAGUAACAGAUCAACGCUAGGGAUUCAUGCUCAUUCAACGAUCCAUAAUCCUUAUCUAGGAAGACAAACAGCGAGUUUAAGCCAUGUUUUCAAACAGAGCGUUCACCAGAAACCAGACAUGGGAAAGGUGAUGCCGGAGAAAUUUCACAUUGAAGUCGCCAACAGUAACAUUGAAUAUUUCAAGAGCAAGCAAGAAGAUCAUAAUCAGUUUAACAAGAUUGACUUGACCCUUAAGCUAUGAUCUAUUAAUUGUCAUCUUGUUUUAGUCUUUAUUAUAACUUUUCGGUUUUUUACUAUCUUUUGAUUAUUACCUUUGUUUGAUAUAAUGAUUGACUGCAGGAUGUGGUAGAGUUUCAUCAAUUAAGCUGUGCCUUUUUUACUUGAUAUAUUGUUGUGUAGUUCAAUAUUUGAGGUCUAUUUUAAGCCUAUGUAGUACAAUACUCAAAACUUGUAUUAAUUUGUAUUACGGAGAAAGUGAUAGCCAUUCCACAUAUAUUAUUAGACUGGUGUAACUAUCAUAGUAAGAAAAUAUGUAUAAUCAUAUUCAUAGUGAAGAA